AUGCAACUCACAAUCGCUCUUCUUGGCUUGGCCACUGUGGCCUGCGCUGCUCCUCAAGCACGCGCUGAUACCAAAGCCCCUUCAGAAUCAGCUCCUGCUGGAUGUACGGUCGAUUUCUCUGGAACCUUUGAGCUUCAGGCCGAGACCGUCAUUCCUAACAAGAAGGUGAGAUCACCGGAACUGCGUGAUGCCUGUGGUGGAACAGGAACCCUUGUUAGCACCCUUAAGGGUGGUAUCCUUACCGAUUCCGAGGGCCGCCAGGGAAACAUUGUUAGCGAUAACAACCAAUUCCAAUAUGACCCUGCCCCAGGUCAGCCAGACUACAUCUACAAUGCCGGUUUCUCCGCAUGUGCCAAUGGCUCCCUUGCUCUUGGUGGAACGACUGUCUUCUACCAAUGCAAGAGCGGUGGAUUCUACAACAUCUACCAGACUGCCUCAGCUGAGCAGUGCGAACCCAUCCAGCUUGGCAUAAUCCCUUGCGGCUCAGCAACCAGCAGCGCCGCUGCCGUCGGACAGGCAACUGAUGGACAGGCAACUGGCACUUCUGUUGCAGCAGUUGGACAAAAGUCUGAUGGACAGCCCACGGGUACCUCUGUUGCCGCUGUUGGACAGAAGAGUGACGGACAGCCUACAGGCACUACUGCUGUUCCAGUGUCUCAAAUCUCCGACGGACAGCCCCAAGCCAAGUCCGCUGUUCCUCUCUCCCAGAUCACCGAUGGUCAAGUUCAAAUUGUGACCGCCGUCCCAGUCUCCCAGAUCUCCGACGGACAAGUUCAGGCUACAGGAAAGGCCACUGCCACCGCCCAAGCCUCUGCCCCCAUCUCCCAGAUCUCAGAUGGACAAGUACAGGCCACGACUGCUGUUGCCCCCAUCUCUCAAAUCUCCGACGGACAGGUACAGGCCACGACCGCUGUUACCCCAAUCUCCCAGAUCUCCGACGGACAAGUCCAAGCUACUGGUGCCGCAUCAGUCAAGCCAUCUACCAACGCUACCACCACCCCUCUGCCCGUCACCAGCUCUGGCAGCAGCUUCAACAUGUUGGGAAGCCAACUCGCUGCCAUUGUUCUUGGUGCCGUCGCUGUCCUUUUCCUGUAA